AUGUCAUCACCACUAAUUCAACCUGAAAAAUUUCAACACAUUCUUCGUGUACUUAACACGAAUAUUGACGGUCGUCGAAAAGCUGGUUAUGCUUUAACAGCAAUCAAAGGUGUUGGUCGUCGUUUUGCUCAUGUUGUUAUUCGAAAGGCUGAUGUUGAUGGAACAAAACGUGCUGGUGAAUUAUCUGAAGAAGAAGUCGAACGCAUUGUAACAAUUAUUAAUAAUCCAAGACAAUAUAAAAUUCCUGAUUGGUUUCUCAAUCGUCAAAAAGAUAUAAAAGAUGGCAAAUAUUCACAAGCAACAUCAAACAGUCUUGAUACAAAAGUUCGUGAAGAUUUAGAACGUAUGAAAAAAAUUCGUGUUCAUCGUGGUCUUCGUCAUUAUUGGAACUUACGUGUACGUGGUCAACAUACAAAAACAACUGGUCGACGUGGUCGUACUGUUGGUGUAUCGAAAAAGAAAGCUUAA